UUCAUUAUUGAUGCAAAACAAUUUCUCCUUUCCCCACACACAGUAGGUAGUCUACUUUCCAUCGUAGGAGUUGAAAUGUCUUUUGGCUUCAUUAUCAAAUUUUCUUCGAGGCUAUAAAGAAGCUACUUCAAUAGGUUCCCUCUUUUGAAACCAUCCGACAUCGUAGGCUGCUGAGGACAAGCAUAAAAACCUAUCUUCCUCUUCACUGAAAUCAUAACAAAAGUACUAAGUAAAUUAGAGAGAAUCGUGAGGGUGAGUAGGGUUUCUUGGUUGAAGAAGAAAGGAGAAUAGUUGGGGACUUAGAACACUCUGAAAUUUCAAGAUCUUUGCUGGAAAAGAGAGAAAGAGAAAGCAUGUCUCACACUGAUAACCAAACACCCCCUGCUGAUGAGUUCUCCCGAGCUGUUGAUCGAAUGGUAGAUGCAUUGGAUCGACAACAUACUACUCAAGAACCAAGACACCAUUCUGGGUUGAAUGAUUUUCUGAAGCACAACCCACCGAAAUUUGAUGGAAAGGCUACACCAGAUCGCGCAGAAUCCUGGAUUCGAGGACUUGAGAAGAUUUUUCGAGUAAUGAGGUGCUCAGAGGAAGAGAAGCUAGCUUAUGCAUCCUUCUUACUAGAAGAUGAAUCUGAAUAUUGGUGGGAUGGUAUGCAACAAAUGAUGGAGACCAAUGGAGAAGUCAUCACUUGGAACAGUUUUAAAACACGUUUUCUAGAAAAGUAUUUUCCAAACAGUGCUAAGAUCGAGAGGGAAACAGAGUUCUUGAAUCUCCGUCAAGGAGGAAUGACUGUGCAAGCUUAUAUCAGCAGAUUCGAGUAUCUGUCUCGUUUUUACUCUCAAGCUAUGUCUGAAGAGUGGAGAUGCCAACGAUUUGAACAAGGAUUAAGGCACGAACUAAUGAAGAUGAUCGUGCCCCUAGAAAUCAAGAAAUUCCCAGCCUUGGUAGAGAAAGCAAAGAAGUUAGAAAAGAUAGAGGUCAAUCCAAAUCGAAUUAUGAAGGUUCAAAAGGAUAAGUUUCCUGCUAAAGAACAAUUGAGGAAGCCGUAUCUGAAACCUCAGCAACCUAUUUAUGGAUCUGUGAAAUGUUAUGAGUGCGGGGGUCCGCAUUACAGGAGAGAAUGCCCAAAACUCUCUGGUAAAAAGAAUGAUGCGAAGAAAUGUUUUAACUGCAAUAAACCAGGGCAUUUUGCUUACAACUGCCCUGAAAAUAUUGUAAAGAUUGAACCACAACAACCCAGUCCUUCUGAAGAAAAGCCCAAAGCAGCAGGAAGGGUUUUUGCUAUCACUGGAGAAGACGCAGCGAAGCCAGAUGAUGUUUCAGGUAAAGUGGGAGAAGUUUAGUGCGAGGAUGCGAUGGGAAAACCUCUAUGGGAUUUUAGAACAUGUAUUUUAAAUUGUGAAAUGUGUGGUUUGUAAUUUUAAAGAGUUUUAAUAUUUAGUUUGUACUUCAAUAAAUACUCUUGAAACUUUGACGAUAUUAUUGUGUAAUAAUAUUAAGUGUUGUGAUUUCAAA